AUGAACAAAAUUAUCGUAUUUGGUGCUAGUGGAGACCUUGCCAAAAGGAAAAUAAUGCCUGCGAUAAGUAAAAUGUGUAGUAAAUCUAUAAAAGUAUACGGAUAUGCACGCUCAGAUUUAGUCAAAACAUAUUCACAAGAAAUCAAAAAAUUUUAUGACUAUUCAAUUAACACUGAUAUAAAGAGUUUUCCAGACAGGGUUACUUACAUCAAGGGUGAAUAUACGGAUCUAUCCCCACUGAAAGACGUUAUGGAUGAAAACACAGUAGCAUAUCUUUCUUUGCCACCACAUGUUUAUCCAUCAGUUCUAUUUGAGCUUUCAUCCUAUAAAGUUGGGAUAAUCUUGCUUGAAAAACCUUUUGGAACUGGCUUAGAAUCUUUCAAAGAUUUGCUAAAGUUUAAAAAUGAUAAAAUACAUUUCGUGGAUCAUUACCUUCUUAAGCCGAUGAUGAUUUCAAUCUAUGACAUUUAUGUGAAAACACCUAGCAUUUUUGCUUUUCUGAAUAAAACAAAUAUUCAAAGCGUAGAAUGUUUGUUCUUUGAAAGUAUUCUUGCGGAAGGCAGAGCCUAUUUUGACGACAACGGAAUGAUUAAAGACGUAAUGCAAAAUCAUCUUGUAGAAGUACUUGCAUCUAUUCUCUGUGAUCAUUCACAGGAAAUUCUUGAUGAAUCAAGAACAAGAUUUAUUAAAAGUAUUGAUAUUGACAAUGAAAGAUAUAUCUUUGGACAAUACAAAUCUUAUACAGAAGAACUUAAAAAACCAUCAAAAACAGAGACAUUUGCUGCAUUUAAAUGCAUUGUAAAAAACGAUACAUGGGAAAAUGUUCCCUUCUUUAUGGCGGGUGGUAAAGGAUUGAAAAAGAAGACCACCGAGAUUAAAUUUAAUAUUCGAAAAGGUAUAUUUUGCCAUAUACUCAACUUAAUCGCAAAUGAUGCUGAUAGAAAAGUGUUUAAUUCUAUAAAGGAUUCGGCCGUGUCUAUUUCUUUAGUUUUUAAUAUUGCUCCUGAAAAUGAAAUAUACCUAAAAAUUAAAACCCAAAAUGACAACAUUAAAAUUGUACUUUACACCUCGAAUGAAAUUAAAGAAAUCUCCAAAAUGAAAACAAAUAACAGGCAGGAUUAUGAAUUAAUUUUCCAAUGCAUGAUCAAUGGUGAUUACUUUCCAAGUGUUUCUUUUGAAGAAGCAGGUGAACUAUGGAGAGUAUUUGGGAAUAUUCUGAAUGCGCCAAAACCAUUAAUAUAUUAUGAACAAGGUGUUGAAAUGCCUGAAGAAGUCUAUGAAUUUUUCAAGGGAGUCGACUAA